AUGCGGCUUCGACAAUACUCAACGUGGGUUACGGUCGUGGUUUGGGUGGUCACGUUAGCGUUCGUCACGGCGGCUAAGAACGAUACGACGGCAGGUGCGACGUACCCGACAAAGUCGGGAAUCAAGAUCUGGGUCGACCCUGCAACGCCCGACAACCACCAGACGUACAUCAGCUCGCGCGGCAGAAAAUGGGACCUCGUCAUGAGCGACGAGUUCAACACUCCCAACCGCAGCUUCCGACCGGGUGAUGACCAUAUCUGGACGUCGCUGGAGAAACCCGACGGUGUGAACGGUGCGCUUGAACUCUAUUCGCAUAACAUGACUUCGACCAAAUGCGACGACGACGGAACGUGCUACUUCUACAUCAAGGCUGUCGACGAAUUGAACGUCAUCCACGUCUACAAUAUGUACACGCACCCUCCCGGAUUUGUGGACGCUUACUUCUUCUAUCGCGCAGCAAUGGUUCAGUCGUGGAACAAAUUCUGCUACCAGGGUGGAAUGAUCGAAACGCGCGUACAACUCCCGGGCGUCGUCGCACCCGACUCUGGCAAUCCCGAUCUUGCCAAGGGCAAAAACUCCAAGGUCGAAGCGACCAAGUACUACCCAACGUGGCCCGGCAUCUGGAUGAUGGGGAACCUUGGUCGAGCUAUUUUCUCGGCAUCAACGAACCGCAUGUGGCCGUUCUCCUACGACAAGUGUGAGCCGGACCUCUUCGACCCGAGGUACCAACGUAUCAGCGCGUGUAGCGACAACCCGGGCUACGGAUUGAACCCAAACCAAGGCCGUGGCGCCCCUGAGAUUGACGUGUUGGAAGGCGGCGCUACGCUUGUGUCGUCGUCACUUCAAAUUGGACCUGGUAUGCCUGAUGAGUACCGUGUUAUUGGCGUUAACUACUCAAGCGGAGACAGUUCGUCAUGUAUCUAUGCUGGUUCGUGCAUGAGUACCGGCGCGAAUUACGUCGACGUCCCGACGGCGUACUACAAGAAGGAGCGUGGACACAAGUCCUGGUACCAGGGACUGCGUUACUCAGCCAACAACUACUGCCAGCAGGACGCCGAUGCCAAGCAAUCGUACAGCACAAUUGCUGCAUCCGUGAAAUCUGGCAUCACUGAGAACUCGUGCUCGGUGGACAUUUGUCCUGGUUCAAACGACGUCAACGGCGAUUUGAGCUUGAUUGACGGCAAGGGCGAUGAUCACUGGGGUAUCAACACGAACGGCACCUGUUUCCCACUUUUCAACGUGUACACCGGCGCCUACUUGUGUGACCCGGACAACUCAUUCUACAAAUGUGCCCAGCCGCGAAAUGAGUCUACUACACCCAAGUCGAACGCCAUGAGCUCGUUCAACUAUCAGAUGGACGCCAUCUCGGCCAAUUGGCCCGUGCAUCUCGGCGCGUACAUGGAGUUUGUGACUUACCAGCUCGAGUGGGUCACCGGCAAGAACGGGUACGUGCGAUGGAAUCUCAUGGGUAGCCCGCUGUUUGAAGUGCCGUCCAAGGCUAUCUGGGAUAUCCCGCAGAAUACGAACAAAACGAAUCCGACCAAGACGAUGCUGGAGGAGCCGAUGUACCUCAUUUUCAACGUCGCGUUGUCGAGUUCGUGGGGUGCCACGCCGCCCAACCCGGGCAAGGAAUGCCGCGGCGACGGCUCCGAUAAAGAGGCCAACAAGAUCUGUGGCGCCUUCCCGUUGUACCUGAAGAUCGACUACAUCCGUCUGUAUCAGGACUUGGCAGAUGAUCUUGAUGCCGAUAACUACAUGCACGUUGGCUGUGAUCCCGAAACGCACCCUACCAAGAAGUGGAUUGACGCUCAUAUCGAUGAAUACGAGGACGACGACAAUAAACACAAGGAGGUUGCUGGCAAGGCCUUCUGUACUGUGAACGAUGAUUGUACGAUUGGAGGUACCUUGGGUAAGACGCUGUUGAAGACUGGCAAGUGUGUGAAGGGACGAUGCCAGUGCACGUACUCGUCGUCGUGGGGUGGCCCGCGUUGUACUACAGCCGUCUCUGGCUCCUCUUCAAGCACCGUCGCCAGCAAGACCGUCAGCACUAACGCGUAUGGCCCUCCAUUCGGCAUGUCGAUUAGUAUCGCGGCUAUUAUCGUGUUCUUGAGUUUCGUGUCGGUGAUCGACCCUCGUCAGAGACCGAGGGACAACUACAGUCAGAAUUUCGUCUAA